AUGGCAUCAAGUAGUGAAGAAGAACAUGAACUUAAUGUUUGUGAUGAUGAUAAUGAUAUGAAUCAAAGUGAAAUAAAAACUGAAAAUUCAUCAAUAAUUUAUGAUCGUCAUAAUAAAGAAAAUCAUCAUGAAAUACCUUCAAUAUUUCCAUCAAUAACUUAUCCACAUAUACUUCCAUUUGUUCAACCUCCAAUAAAAUCUAAUGGAUUAUUUAUUCCAAAUUUCUUUCCAUAUUCAUCACCAACUCUAUCAAAUACUGAUAAAGCUUCAUCAUCAUCAUCUUCAUCAACAACAACAACAAGUCGACGACGACAUCGUAAUUCAUCAACAACACUUAAUGAUAAUGGUACAACUGGUGAUGACGUAACAGAUUUACGUUUAAAAAUAAAUUCACGUGAACGUAAACGUAUGCAUGAUUUAAAUUCUGCAUUAGAUAGUUUACGUGAAGUUAUUCCAUAUGCAAAAAAUCCAUCGGUACGUAAAUUAUCAAAAAUGGCAACGUUAUUAUUAGCAAGAAAUUAUAUUAUUAUGUUAACAAAAACACUUGAUGAUAUGAGACAACAUUUAGCAACAUGUUAUCAAAAUAAAUCUGAACAAGAUAAAUCUCAAACAAUAUGUCCAAAAGCUCAACUUAAUUUACCAUGUUUUUGUUCAAUUUGUUUAACAUCAAAUAUCAAUAUUGAACAAGAACAUCAACAAACAUUUCCAUCAAUUAUAUCAUUUGUACCAACAUCAUCAAAAACAAAAAACUAA